UUUAUAGGUUGAGGAGACGCGUUAAAGUAGCGCACGUGCAAGAGCGCCGGAGCGCGAAGGGCGGAAACCAAUUAAAACGAUCUUCGAAGGCGCAAAGCAAGACAUCAAUUUGAUGGAGCCGAUGCGCCACGCUUCCGCCUUUCUCCUCCCCUCAUCCGUAGAAAUUGCCGACGCUCUCUCCUCGCCUGCGUACGCCCUCGUCGUUCUUAACCAGCCACUCCCUCGCUUCGCCCCUCUUCUCUGGGAGCGCGCAAAGCUGCGUGUCUGCGCGGAUGGAGGAGCAAACAGAGUAUUCGAUGGAAUGCCGGAGUUGUUUCCUGAUAAGGAUCCAGGGGAAGUCCGAUUUAAGUACAAGCCAGAUGCAAUUAAGGGUGACUUGGAUUCAAUAAGAGCAGAAGUGAAGGAUUACUAUACUGAUUUGGGAGUUAAGAUAGUGGACGAGUCUCAGGACCAGGAAACAACCGACUUACACAAGUGUGUAGCUUUUAUUCGUGAUUACACACCCAUCUUGGAGAAAUCAAAUCUACAUAUUCUUGUUGUCGGCGCGCUUGGUGGAAGAUUUGAUCAUGAAAUUGGCAACAUCAAUGUGCUUUAUUACUUUUCAAACAUGCGCAUCAUUCUCCUGUCAGAUGAUUGCUUAAUUUAUCUUCUUCCAAAAACACAUCGUCAUGAGAUCUACAUCGAGUCAUCUGUAGAAGGCCCACAUUGUGGUCUGAUUCCUGUUGGUACAUCAUCAGCUAGUACUACCACCACUGGUCUCCAAUGGGAUCUUUCUGAAACGGGUAUGCAUUUUGGUGGAUUGGUGAGUACAUCCAAUAUUGUGCGAGAGAAGAAAGUUACAGUUCAUUCUGAUACAGAUCUCUUGUGGACAAUCAGCAUCCGGAAAUCAAGCUAAUGAACUCUUUAUUCACCAACACAUUUGAAAUUUUCUUUCAUUUUAUAUACUUUUUUUCCAAAUUUAUCGGCAAGAUUAUACCUCGUAUUAUUGCUCUUCACAUUAUCUUGUUGUAUUAUUAUUAUUUUUUUGUUAUUCAAUCCAUCUGUCAGUUUGUUGGCCUUAUAAAGCUUAGGUGCCGUUAUGUAUUUCUUUUUUUAUUGAUAUUUUUUAUUUUUGUUUGGUUUA